GCAGCUCCCGGGGCGCCUCCCGGGGAAGUGCAGGGGCGCUCGGUGCUGCUCCUGGCGCCACCACCGGUGCGGCCCCCAGUGUGGCCCCCGGUGCGGCCCCCGGUGCGGCUCUCGGUGUAGCUCCCGUGUCUUCCCGGGAGGUCCCCGGUGCAGCUCCCGGCGUGGCUCCCGGUGCAGCUCCCGACACGGCAGACUCCCGGUGCGUCCUUGGGAGCGGACGUCCGAGUCCCGGGGCUGAGCCCUGCCCAUCCCAGCCUCACCACCGGCCCGAGGCCGAGCUUUUCCCCCGGCACCCACCCUCGCCCCCAGCAGCAUGCCCCGCGGGCGAGCGUGGACACUGGCGGAGGUCAGAACACUCCUGGCGCUGGUGGAGGUCUCGGGGGAGGCCGCCCUGCUCAUGGCCUCCACGUCGCGACCCAACGAGGCGCUGUGGCAGGAGAUCAGCGAGGGGAUGAUGGUGGCCGGCUACGAGCGCACUGUGGCCCAAUGCCGCUGCAAGUGGAAGGCGCUCAAGCAGGCUUUCCACUUGGAGCGGGAGACACGCCGGAGGGCAGGACACCACUCAUCCCCGCUGCCUCUGCAUUACCGAGCCAUGAAGAGCAUCUGGAAGGCGGCUGGGCGGCCCGUCUUCGGUGAGCGGAGGAUGCCAGACCUGGUGAGGCAGCCCCCAAGAAAGCGCAGAUUAGCCCUUGCCACCCACUCUUCAUCCUCACCGGAGUCACCAGAGUACGAUGUUAGUAUGGACGCUCCAGCCAUACUGUCCCCGCCACUGCAGUGUGCAAAGGAAAAGCCAAAGAGCUCUGGUGGGAACCACAUCGCUGGAGUGCCACCCGUUCGCACCACGGUGCCACGCUAUCACACUGCCGUGAAGCAGGAAAGAGCUGAGCAAAAGGCCGGUUUUCCUGGUGAGACGUCUCCAGGGAUGGGGAGAAGAAACCAGGUGCUGCCAGGGGUCAUCACAGCCCUGGGCUCCCCUGCGACAGCUGCUAUGAGCGAGCAGCCAUCAGUGGGUGAAGAGGCAUCAGACAUAAGCCUGCAAGGCUCUGGCGUAGCUGGCUUGCUCCAGAGUAUCCAGCAGCUGCUGGUGCAUAUCCUGCAGACAUCACGGCAGCAGCAGGCGCUGCUGGAGAGCCUGGCCAGCGACACCGUCUCCCACCUCCACUUCCUCUCCCACAGUCUGGUGCAGGUGGGUGAGACCCUGCACCAGCUCCUGCUCCGGCCGCAGACCCACCCUAGGGACCCUGACCACGGCAUCCCCCACAUGCCCCUUUAUGAGUGUGGCCUUCGGAUGCCCUGUUCCCCUCCUGUGCAUCACAAAGAGAAGCCUCGGAUAUCCCCUGCCACCAGUUGCACCCCACCGUGAGUGCCACCACCCCGGGCCCCAGAGGUGACAGCUUCACUACGCAGCCAUGGCACAAAUCUUUAUAGCAGAGUCCCCAGAUAUUUUGAAAGUUUAUAGAAGAGAGACACUUUAAUAGCAUUAAAAAUAGCUUUUUCCAGCA